UGCGGGGCGCCGGGGCAGCCUCGGGGGCGGCCGCACCAUGAAUGACUUCGGGGGGCCCUUGGGCCGAGGACGCGAGCCAGGCGGGCGGCGGGGGGCAGCUUGGCAGCCCGGAGGCGGUCAUCGUGCCCAUGCUCUUCGCGCUCAUCUUCCUCGUGGGCACCGUGGCCAACAGCCUUGGUGCUGGUCGGUGCUGCUUCCGCAGCGGCCGGGCGGUCAGCACCACCAACCUGUUCAUCCUCAACCUGGGCGUGGCCGACCUGAGCUUCAUCGUGUGCUGCGUGCCCUUCCAGGCCACCAUCUACACCCUGGACGGCUGGGUGUUCGGCUCCCUGCUCUGCAAGGCCGUGCACUUCCUCAUCUUCCUCACCAUGCACGCCAGCAGCUUCACGCUGGCCGCCGUCUCGCUGGACAGGUAUCUGGCCAUCCGCUAUCCGCUGCGCUCCCGCGAACUGCGCACGCCUCGCAACGCGCUGGGGGCCAUCGGGCUCAUCUGGGGGCUGUCGUUGCUCUUCUCGGGGCCCUACCUGAGUUACUACCGCCAGUCGCGGCUGGCGAACCUGACCGUGUGCCACCCGGCGUGGAGCGCGCCCCGACGCCGCGCCAUGGACCUCUGCACCUUUGUCUUCAGCUACCUGCUGCCCCUGCUGGUGCUCGGCCUGACCUACGCGCGCACGCUGCGCUCCCUCUGGCGCGCGGUCGACCCCGGGGCUGCGGGCUCGGGCGCCCGGCGCGCCAAGCGCAAGGUGACGCGCAUGAUCGUCGUGGUGGCCGCGCUGUUCAGCCUCUGCUGGCUGCCCCACCACGCGAUCAUCCUCUGCGUGUGGUUCGGCCGCUUUCCCCUCACGCGCGCCACCUACGUGCUGCGCAUCCUCUCACACCUGCACUGGGCUUACUACCUCUCAUUUCCCGAGAAGGCAUUAUCCGUGCUGAUCACGGAGGCCCCCGCGGGGGGCAGCGUGCUGGAGCGCGAGUCCACGGACCUCACGCACGUGAAGCGAGGCGGCCGGGCCGUCCGCCCCUGCGCCGGCGCCUCCCGGGGUCCCGGCCUCGUGCCAGGUCCCGGGCCCGUCCUGGCGGGACCAAAAGGUCCCCCACGGCAGCCUGACAGUUAAUGCGACUUAGCGGGGACGCUCGUGUGUGAAAGGACUGGAGUCGGAGGUCGGGGGAUGGUGGGUGGUUUCGUCUGUUAAUAAAAUGCGCAAACCGACUCACGUGCCGCGCCGCGCUGUGUCUUGAGGGU